GAUCGAUAUUCGAAAGAGAAGGUUGAAGCUUAGAUAGGAAAAGCAGGACUCCUGACAAAUAUACGGAUUUAGCCGUUAUUUGGAUCACUAAUCAUUCUUUUUAGGACUAUGGUUUAGGGAGUUUGGUGUUUUCUUGGUAACACUGGUGACCGUUGGAGACAGAUAGAAUGACAACGGUAAAGCAUAAGGGCGCGGUCCAAGAUCACCGUGGUUACCUGUGGAGGAAGAAACGAGUGUUCAAAAAAUGGCAGAAGAUUGAAUUUGUGUUGAAGACGCAUGUGCAGGGCGGGCGUCAUAUGCUGUAUGAGAAGGAUGACCCGGAAAAUGCCUCAGUAUUCCAGAAUGUCCACGUCCAGACCUGUGACUCGCGCAAGGCCAGCAGCAUCAAGGAUUUCCUGAGUAUCUAUGUGAAAUUUGACGAAGAGGAUGAGUUCACGUGUUUUCGUACGUCGAAUAUUCACGAGCAACGAGAAUGGUUGUUGUGUUUGGGAUGCACGGGACACGGAUUAUACACAGUAGGAGAUGCUAUGCCAGAUGAGCCCACUGAGACCUGGACCAAGAAGUAUGAUACGAUACCCCCGACUAUGUGGUUUGAGGAAGACCCACGAGGGGGCGCUUGCAUCGGACGGAGAGACUCGCGUGGCAGCCCAAAGAAGUGCUCUUACCAGUAUUAUGUUGAGGCGAUGGCAUAUGACGAUAUUGGGGAGGAUUGCCAUGAACAGAACGGCCCAUUCUUACCUCCGUACGGCUCCCCCGAACUGAGACCGAUCAGUGUUGGAUACGGAGAAGAAGUAAAUCUUGCACCGCAGUGUCAGCAAAUCUGGGACCCGAAUAUAUCACGUUUUGUUUUCUUGGACCACAACAACAGGACCGUGUUUUAUAAUGACCCACGAUCGCCGCGUAAGAAACCGCACAAGCUUACCACAAAGCCUUGCAUCGCUCAUAAGUUCAUUCAAUUUGAUGGCCGCAGUCAUCCCCAAUCGUUGCCGGAGCCUACGGAGAAAGAAAUUGAGUACAUGGCAAGGAUGGCUUACAAUAUCAAGGACAAGCCCAAGGCCCUGGUCAUUGAAGCUCAAGGUCAGAUGGGAGCGGUUGGGCGUGACCAGCCGCCAGGGGCUCAUGGCGCUCCAGGAGGAAGGGGCAAGGAUGCUACAGUUAAAGGGUCGUAUGGUCUGACAGGCAUUAAGGGAGAGAACGGAGAACCUGGCCUGAAAGGUGGCAACGGAACUCAGGGCACGGAUGCAAGCUGUCUAAGAUUCGUCCUCGAUGGCACCACGAGUGACCUUCACGUCAGGAGUCACGACCUUGACCUUAACACUGACCUCGGAGGCAGGGAUGGCGAGAUGAUACUGUGUAUAAAUGCCAGGGGUGGUGAUGGUGGGAAUGGUGGUCGAGGGGGGCAAGCUGGAAAUGGAGGCCAAGGGGGCCCGGGCGGUGAUGGUGCCAAGGGCAAGCGAGCCUACAUGAGGUUCGCGAGCGGUAGCAUCGGUGGUGAAGGCGGACCCGGUGGGAAAGGUGGAGAGGGUGGUCCAGGUGGUGACGGAGGGGACGGUGGCGAUGCAGGGGUUGGCGGACAAGUAGAGAUAGCUUCGAGUGACCCAAGACUGCUGAUGCUCGUUGAGAUCGACUGCACCCCUGGCAAGUUUGGUCUUGGUGGUCCCAUGGGUCUUGGUGGUCUUGGCGGCCCUGGGGGACAGGGAGGGAAGGGUGGCAAGGGUGGGAAAGGUGGAUCUGGUGGUGCCAGAGGCCGCCCUGGUCAUGAUGGUCGUGCUGGUUACCCGGGUGCCAAUGCCCACAACGGUUGCCCGGGUCGUGACGGUCGUCCGGCAAUCUGUGGCAAUCUCAUCUGGCACGUUUUGUCACCAAACGGGAAAGACACGGUCGAAAAGAGCGGCAUGAGAUAUGAAAUAGAAAUGUUAGAUUAUCAGGUCAGGUCAGAAACAGACGACGGCAUAUUCGAACCGAACGAGCGGAUCUUCAUCAGUCACGUGGCGGUGAAAAAUAUCGGAGGUCUGACAUGUCCUGAUGGGGCAGAGGUCUUAUUCAAAGCUACAAAAACUGUUAACUUCAUCGAGGAACCUUAUGCAUUACCUAGGAUGGCACCAGGAGAAGUCCAUCGCAUCAGAAGAGAGUUCACUGGUCGUAUCAAAGAUGUGGCACCCCCUAAUUGUCCAGGUCCAUAUCGUGGCAUCGCUGAAGUGGAUUCUCGUGUACAUAUGCUCAACAGACCGUUCGAUCGGGGUUUUAUGGAACGGAGGGUCGAUGUCCAAUACCCUAUCAAAGUGGAUGCAAUUGACGUUCCUCGCCAGUUGGGACGAGGAGAGGAGGGCACCAUCAUCAUCACAUUGCAUAAUAUUUCAUCAGUCCCAUAUGGAGUUAAAGAGAGUGAAUUAAGUGGGGGACCUGUCCAAGUUAAACUUCAUCUCGACCAUCGUCUCUCUGCUAUGUCGCCGCGUGAGAGUCAGCCAUUCAAAUUCAACAAUUCAGGAGAGGACACGACGUGUGCACAUCUGGUGCAUAUAGAUGCCAGCAGUAAGGUGAACCUUAUCUUACCAAUAACACCAAAGGAACGAGCUGAGUUUUUUGAUAAAUGUCUCAUUCAAGUGGAUGUCUUUUUGAGGGGAAAACUGAUUGAAUAUCGCCACUCUCUUAUGCGAAUCUGUCCCAAUUUCGUCCGCAAGCGACCGCCAUCUGAUUGUCUGUUUGUCACCGGACCAUGGAUCACGCGGCCUAUCUACAAAAUCUGGCGGACAUUCUUCGACUGGUUGAACAUCACGUUGGAUUUCUGGGAUGUAGAGCGGUACAACGGCUUUUCACGGGACCUGGCUACAAGGAGAGAGCAUGAUGUCACAUGGAUUGACAACUAUCACGGCCGAAUGAUCGUCUUUCCAGAGUUCAACAUGAACGUCUUAGACGGGCCGGACAUAGUCUCACACUUCUACAACAGCUAUGGCGAGAAUCAGUGUUCAGGCAUGCUACUCCUCAUGAACGAUUCAAAUAAUACAGACAAGCAGAGCCUGGUGACAGCUGUCAAUCAUCAUUUGACAGAAUACGAACCUUCGUUAGAUUUAGAAGACAAAUUUUCAGGGACGCACAUGUUUAAACCAGAGGAUGACGAGGUGGCUGAAACCCGUAUAAAAGAGAUCCUAAAGAAGCUAGAAAAAGAUGAUCCGAGUCAUGGCUACAUCGUCUAUGAGAAGGAUGUCCAGUACGAGAAAGUUGCCUCAAUGAAGUACAGCUAUGGGACGCUGCAAGUUCGGCGGCUUCCUCUGGAUCAGGGGGUCGGGCUGUUCAUGACAAACAGUAAAGCACUGCUGAAGCUGCACGUGGAUGAUCCUGGGUUCUCACUGUCUUCUCCUGAGAUUCCUAUGGGGUCGAAUGUUGGACAGCUUCUCCUCAUGUUGAUCUACAGCACAACACCAUGCGUCAAAACAUCGGUACUGAGAGGCGACCAGGAUCGAAAAAUAAAAAGACCAAUACUGAAAUGUCCUUCGGGCGUGAAAUACACAAUUAGGCAGCUGGUGGCAAUGUCUUUGGAGGACUAUGUCUGUUUUGAUAUAAUGGCUGAGCCGAAGUUUCCGCACAGGCUUGCUGGUAUGGUGCAGGAAAUCUCCAACCAUCCCGAGGUCUACAGCGGUGACAUCGCACCAUACGCCUACCUCGCUGGCCAAUCAUAUCUCAAGGAAUCAGAGGGGUGUCCAGACCCAUGUAAACAGGCAGCUAAAAGAAUCUAUGAAAAGUUACAAGAUGUCAUUGGGAAUCAUCCAUUCCACACGGACUAUGAGAAGGAGGCUGAGAAAUUACUGCGGGAUAAAGAGCGGGUGACGUUUGAUGCACUGCUGUCCCAUGAGCUUCUUAUCAGCCCUCAUCGCUUUACCGUCAAGGAUAAGAUGUACGAUGUUGAAGAGGCUGACUGAGAUAAAGAAACUUGAAAACGAAAUUAUCUUGAAAAUGCUUGUAAUUUGUAAUUUGCAGCAAAUAACUUGGAAAUGAUGGGGAAGAAGUCAAGAAGUCAGAGAGUGUAAGAUUUAAGGAAUAAUUUGAGUUUGGGCAUGUAUGGAUUUGUCUAUACUUGUCGAACUUGGCUUAUGUUGAGCAGCGCCCAAAUGACAGAAAUGGCUUUUUUAUGGGCGCUUUAGAUUUCCAGAAUAUGGUGACUUUGGCUCCCUCUUUCCAGAACCAAGGGAAUUAGCAGACUGGGCGUUGGAAGUUUUUUCCGAUUUUCCAAGGUUUGCAUUGAAAAGCGUUGGCCGCAUCUGAUAGGAAGCAGAUUAAUUCAAAUGCACAAAAUAUGACAUAAGAAAGUCUUAUGAGAGUGAAUGGAGUAUUCAUAUGUACAAAAUGUAGUAAUGAGAAACAUUAGCUCUAACAAUUAAAAUGGAUAGAUAGAUGAGCCAAAUUAUAAACAUCGUCCUCGUCUUUCCAACUGGUGCUGCCAUCUAUAUUAAUAAUUAUAUAAAUAUCCAUUCCAAAUGAUAUCUCAUAUAUUUUUGUUGCCUACCAUCAGUGCGAUAUAUUGUUUUUAAAUAUGACAUGCAUUUUAUAUUGAAUUGUAUUUUGACAUUAUCACAAAUAUUUCAUUCGACUCUAUUAAUAUUGAUUUUAUUAGGACAAAUUUUGUUAUAUGUUGCGUUGUGUAUUUAAGGUUGAUUGAUACUUUGAUUAAGGUAAAUUCUGUGUCAUAGAAUUCAUGACAGGCUAUCAUAGAAUCUAUGGUGAUUUGAUCCUCUGUCGUGCCUGUGUACGUCUCAUGGCAAAAUGUCUCUGUGGUGAAAUACUAUGUAACGUCACAUGGUGAAACACCUAUGUUAUGUCACCUAAUGGUGAAACUGGUGAUGGUAAAAUACUGUGUUACGUCACAUGGUGAAACACCUAUGUUAUGUCACCUAAUGGUGAAACUGGUGAUGAAGAAAUACUGUGUUAUGCCACACGGUGAAACACCUAUGUUAUGUCACCUAAUGGUGAAACUAGUGAUGGUGAAAUACUAUGUUAGGUCACAUGGUGAAAUACCUAUGUUAUGUCACCUAAUGGUGAAACUAGUGAUGGUGAAAUACUAUGUUAGGUCACAUGGUGAAACACCUAUGUUAUGUCACCUAAUGGUGAAACUAGUGAUGGUGAAAUACUAUGUUAGGUCACAUGGUGAAACACCUAUGUUAUGUCACCUAAUGGUGAAACUAGUGAUGGUGAAAUACUAUGUUAGGUCACAUGGUGAAACACCUAUGUUAUGUCACCUAAUGGUGAAACUAGUGAUGGUGAAAUACUAUGUUAGGUCACACGGUGAAACACCUAUGUAAUGGCACCUAAUGGUGAAACUAGUGAUGGUGAAAUACUAUGUUAGGUCACACGGUGAAACACCUAUGUUAUGUCACAUACCAGAUCAAAUUCGUGCAUGUUUACGUGGCAGACAAAUCUAGUGUUAAUGGUGUGUAUGUUGCCUUUUAAAUGUUAUAUUUUGAUUUUUGAGCUUAAGAAACUGGAAUGAUUUAAAUUCGUGGGCGUGAGAGAAAGGUAUUGUAAGGGUAUCCCAUCUAUGACUUCCAUGGUUUUAUACCCCCUCAUUCAUCAACACAAACAGUCUGAAAGGGGAUGGAUUGCCAUACCUACUUUUUUAUAUGAAUGGCAAUACACAAUGCAUUUGCCAAAUUGAAUUAUCAUGGAAAUGAUUCAACUAUGGAUGACCUCAUGAAAAUGUUAUGUAUAGAAAUCAAUCCCCAUCCAGCUUGAUAAGGAGGGGCAUACCAAGAGAGUAGAAACAUCAACACUUUGGGACUCAAGAUGGGAGCAUCCUGGCUCGUUAGUUAUUUGAAGGUUUAUUAAAACUUAAAACUAGUCACUUGGCAUCUUAAAUGUUUAAAUGUUUUGAACCUUCUAGUCAUUCUAAUUAGCUGUGUCCAAAUUGUGAACAUUCUUAUCUUAGUUGUUUACGACAGAUAUAUCCAUUGUUGGUGUGUACCUUAUGCUUCUACACAGGACAAACAUAUCAGUCCACCAGAAUUAUCCAAAAUGUAACAAACUUAUUUGAGUUUUUUCAUGUUAUGUUGCUUUCAUUUGAAGUAAAGUAUUUCAUUGUGGCACUUGCAUGCAUUAAAUACGAUUCUCGUGUCUUUUGUUUAUGGUAAUGGUAGCCUACAUUUGGACUGUAUCUGUUAUUCACAAUACUCUAUAUCUGUCUUUCACUUUAUGCCCCAUCAAUUUCAUUGUAGAACGAAGGGGAAUCGCUAAGUUGUUUUGUAAAUGAAUGAAGAAGUAAAUGCAUAAAAAGCGUCGUUUUCUUUCAGAUGAAUGAUGCUUAGGGGGUACAGUUGCCAUGGUAAACCAGUUGAAACAGCAAGAAGUUGAAUUAAAUGGGCAGUGUCCUUUAGAUAAUUAUGCUUAUAAUUACCACCUCAGAAUCCCAUAAAUCUAUUAUAAACUUGUAUACAAAUGGUUGACUUCAUCAACUGCAUCCUUCUUGAAAAAAAUCUGUGGAAGUUAUAUUUGAUUUACAGGUUUAUAUGUUCAAGACUAACAGCUGUGGCAUUUUGUUCUGAAGUUUGAUUCCAGUUCAAGUAUGAACAUUUCAAUGUUGUGUUAGAUAACAGAAGAGUGAGUGAGAAUGGUAGAUGAUGUUGAUGUAAUUUCAUGAUGAAUUUUGUCUAAUGGAAUGGUUGAAGUUGUAUUUUAUUGUUAUUGGUGGAUCAUUUAAACAUUAAAAAUAUGCACAAGAAUCUGAGGCCUCUAGCUGCAAAACAUUGAAAUUACACUGCAUCGUGGAUAUUCAAAAUGGGGCAGAUCAAAAAUGCACAUUCAGCACUUUUGAAGAUAAAUGUUUUGUGUGCUUUUAGAUGAAGUUCACAUGUUAUUAAUAUUUUGGAUGCAUUAUUCCCUUGAUUUGAAAGGUCCACUGUGUUUCAUCCACAUUGUAUACACUUGUAUCGAUUUAUAUUUUUGUGUUUUGUAUGGUGGGAUUAAAAUUUGCCUAUGACACUUGGAAAGUCAUCUAGUCUAUUUCGCAAGAAAAUCACACUCAGAUUUUUUGGUGAAUUACACACAGAAAGUGCUAAUAGAACUAAAUAUCACAAUUCAUCUAAGUUCAUUUGACACUUUUAGACCUUAAAACAGGCUGGGAUGUCCCCAGUUUAAUGGAAAUUAUUUGACUAAGGAACAAUGUCGUCCUUUGACAAAUGACAAAUUCCUACUGUAUGUUCUCAAUCUUGAUAUUCACAUCAUUAACUUAAAAAUAACUUUGAAUAAAAAAAUAAAAUAAAAACUCCUUGAACCACUCUUAUGCCAUAUGGAGUUCAGUUGUUUUCAUUCUCAUGACGUUUCUAAACCUCUCUAAUGUAUCACUGAUAUCCUGAGAUUCGACUCUGAGUAAUCCCUAUUUGUACAGCACGCUCCCUCUAUCUGUCGGAUUGUUCCUCAUCCCACUAUUGUCAGUCAGUCAUACAUGGUCAAUGUUUCAGCAUUUUUUCACAAUAAAUUAUAC